AUGGAUAUAGAACAUGACAUCGAAAUUAUUACUAGUAAAGCAUCAAUAAUAUCAUCUAAAAAGAAUAAAACUCAAUUAAAUCAAGCUAUGGAGAUUAAAUAUGAUGGCAAAAUUAUUGACAAUAGCGACGAUUAUGAAAUUAUGGAUGGUGCAUCAAUAAUAAUUAGUAGUAAAAAUAAUAGUUCACAAUAUUCCACCACUAGCAGUAUCGGAAAUUCCCUUUUAUAUACUGGCUCAAGUAGUUGUGGUGGUAGCAGUGGUAAUGUAAAUAACAAUAAUAAUUCAAUCGAUUUAUGCAUGAUGUGGCUUCAAAAGAGUAUAACUGUAAAUACCAUUCAAGAGCAUGUCUGUGAAAAAAUUUUAAAACUACCAGAUAAGGAUUUUCAAUUUUAUUUACCACAAAUAAUACAAGUUUGUAUUGUUAAUUAUCAUUCAGUAGAGCCAGUUGUUACAAUGUUAUUGGAAAAAUGUAGACUUUCAAUUAUUAUAGCGGCACAAUCAUUCUUUUUAAUUGAAUCGAUAGUAAGAGAUAAUAACCCAAUAACAUUCAAUAAUGCAAAGUAUUUAUGGAAAAGAUGUGAAAUGGCUUCUAUAGGUUUAUCAGAACAUACACAAUCAUCAAAUAAUAUCCCAGUUUCAUCUACUGAGGUAAGAUCAAGAAAAAACGAUUCUAAUGAUCAGCUUUCAGACAGUAAAACCUUAAUUAUCGAAGACUGGACCGAAGCAUGUCAACAACAGGGAUCAUCAUCCUCAUCAUCUUUAGACAGUUCAUAUCAAGAGCAACAAAAUGAAAUGAAAUCAAAUUUUCCACUCUCAAAGUCAUUAUCAGAGUUUAGUAAUUUUGAAGAGGACCACCAAGUAGAAAUUUUAGUUAAUAAUGAAUUUGAAAAGUUAUCAACAUCUGGAAUUCCACAGUCACCAAACAGUAUGUAUGGUAGUCAAAUUAUAAAUAAUUACCCAAAGAAUAACAACCCAGUUUUGGCAUCAACUUCAAAAAAUUCAUACACAUUCUUUUUUGAUAUUUUACAAGUGGAGAUUGAAGACAAUGCUUUAAAUGGUACAGAAAUUGAAGGUGGCGAGUCAUUUAGUAAUAAUAACCUAUAUAAUAGUUUUAGUAAUAAUAAUAAUAAAAACAAUAAUAAUAGUAUUGAGGAUGUUAUUUCUACCUCUCCUUCAAAUAUGAGUGGAUUUUUGUUUCCACCAAAAUCACCAUCGACAUCAUCACCAACCUCACCGGCAUUAUCAAGAUCAACAUCUUUCGAUAAUAAUGACAAUAGUAAUAAUAGUAAUAAAAAUCUUAAUUCACCAUUAAACAAUAGUAAUAAGCAGAUUUCAAAACAACAACCAAAUGGCAGUGAAAAGAAAACCACAAAGAAAUUUAAUUAUCAACCAUUUUAUUCAGAAAUUCAUUUUAUAAAUAUAUUAUCAAAGAUUGGUGGUUUCCUUUUAACAAUUCCGAUGGUGACAGAUAAAGCAAAACAAAAAGAUAUGAGAAAUGUAACAUUAAAGGUAAUUUUAAAGCAACUAAACGAUCAAUUGUUUUCUGGGGAAAAUAUGAUAUUCUUACCAGUUUAUCCACCAUUUUUAGUAUUAAAUAUUUGCCACGAAGAAGCACUUUGCCUAAACUCAAGAGAUAGAAUUCCAUUUUUAAUUGUUUUAGAGGUAAAGAAAAGUAUGGAUUCUCAAAUAUAUCAAGAUCCUAAUUAUCAAAAAGAAACUGAAGAAUUAUUUGAAGAAGAGGAAGAUGAAGAAAUUACUGAUGACGAAGAAGAAAAAGUUGAAGAGGUUGAAAUUGAAGAGGAGGUGGAGAUCGAAGAGGAAAUUGAAAUAGUAGAAGAUGGCGAUCACUAUAACCAUCAACAAUACCAAAAUAAUAGUACAAACAGUAAUAAUAAUGAACAAAUAGAUGAGGAGGUUGAUCAAAAUGGUGAAUUGGUACGUUCAAAUAGUGUAUUAGGCGAAUCAAGUUUGGUAUUUUCACCAUCAUCAUCGGUAUCAUCUAAUUCAUCUCAAGCCAAUAAUAUAAUAACAAAGAAAACCAAAAGAAUUAUUAGAAAAGUUAUUAGUAUCACCAAAAAGAUUCCCAGAAAGAAAAAGAAGGUUCGUGAUCUAUCAAAUCCAAUAUAUGCAAUUUUUGGGGAACUUUGGAAACAAAAAGAGAAUCGUAUCUAUAAGAGUUCAAUGAUGUCACACCAUCCAGGUUGGGGUUUAAUUUCUUUUAUUGUUAAAUCUGGUGAUGAUUUAAGACAAGAGCAGUUCGCAAUGCAAAUGAUUACUCAAUUCCAUCGUAUAUUUAGAAAGUCAAAGUUACCACUCUGGUUAAGACCCUAUUUGGUUAUUGCAACAGGUCACGAUUCUGGUCUCAUUGAAACUGUUCCAGAUACAAUAUCAUUAGAUAAUUUAAAGAAGAAAGAUACAGCAUUUACAAAUCUAUACGACUAUUUCAUCCGUGCCUAUGGUGAUGUCAAUUCGAAAUCAUUUAAAAAAGCACAAACUGGGUUCAUUGAAUCUUUGGCAGGUUAUUCUUUGGUUUGUUACUUUCUUCAAAUUAAAGAUAGACACAAUGGUAAUAUUCUCAUCGACACCCGUGGUCAUUUAAUUCAUAUCGACUAUGGUUUCCUAUUAUCAACAAGUCCAGGCAAUAUGAAUUUCGAAAAAGCUCCAUUCAAACUUACUCAAGAAUUUAUCGAUUUAAUGGGUGGUGUCGAGUCAGAUUGUUUCAAAUAUUUUACUUAUUUAUUGGUUGCAGGUUUUGUAGAAAUUAGAAAGCACUAUGAAGAAUUCAAAAUGAUAUUAGAUUUACUCCUCCCUCAAACAAAUUUAACCUUCUUUGUUAAAGGAGGCCCUGCUUCAAUAACUUCUUUUAAAGAAAGAUUUAAAUUGGAUUUAAAGUCUGUCGAAGAAUGCGAAGCUCAUAUGAUGUCCUUAAUUAGUUUAAGUAUAAAUAAUUGGACAACCGCUUCAUAUGACUCAUAUCAGAAAUUAACAAAUGGAAUAAAUAUUUAA